AUGGAUUUCCAUUCAUAUUCAACUGAAGAUACUGAGUUGACUUCGCUUGAUAACUUGAUUCAAUCUCCAUCAAUCGACGAAGAAAUUAGUUUUCGUGUUGCUUAUGAUUACAAUCCAUUGGAAACAUUUUCUGAAACUGAUUCUCCCGAGCCGAACCAUAUCAAUGAAUUAUAUAAAGAUUUAAAAGACUUUGUCGAAAAUUUAAAUUCAACUGAAUUAGACAAUUCAAUAUAUAAUACAAAAAAUGAGAAACAAUCAACGAUAAAUAAAUCGCAUGAUAAAUCAUUACCUGUUGUUCAAUCCCAUAUAGAAAAGCCAUCAGAAUCAUCAAUUCAUCUUUCGAAUCGUGUUGCUAUUACAAAUUCAAAACAAUUACAACUUGCCUAUCCAUUAGAAAAUACGUAUCGAGCACGUUAUAAAAGUGAUUAUUUUCCACAAAGUGGUACUGUUCGACGACCACGUUAUAUUGCUGAUAAUGCAUCUAAUCAUUUUAUAACAUUACAAUUGCCAACCGAAUAUCAAUAUGAUAUACAAAAUGAUUAUAUUCGUGUUGCAUUAAUUACAACAUUUAUUGGAGGUCAUGGACAUUAUUAUAGUCCAUAUAAAUUUCAAAAAGAUCAUUAUGAUAUUAAUGUAUCUGACGAAAAUCCGAUCUAUAUACAAAUAGAAAAUACUGGAGAAACUCAAUCUAUUAUGCGACUUCAACUUGUUUUAAUAAAAUCUAAAUUAGAUCAACUUAAUUAUGUUCAACCAUUGAUACUUUUUAAUGACAGAACUGCUCAUAUACAAAACAUAAUUCAUGAAGAAAAGUUAACACCAAAAGAAUUAAUUAAUAAAUAUCAAUUAGAUAAAUCACAGUUAGCAUUUACAUUAUGUACAAAACUACCAAAUGGUUUAUUUAAACCCCAUCCAGAAACAACAAUUAUUUCAUCGGUGAUUUCUGAAGCAUCAGCAGCAUCAAAAAAAGCAAUUGAAUCAACUGCAAUUCCAUUAGUUAAUACAAAUCACCGUGUCAAUUGUCCAUGCUGUGCACACUCAUUCGAUCCCGAUGCUGGUUUAGAAUUACAUGGCAUAUAUCAACGUAAAUCAAAUCAUGAAACAUCACGUUCUUGUUCAAAAACAAAUACAGGAAAACAUACCAAUAAAAAGAAGAAAAAUGCAUAA